GCCGCCGCCGCCGCCGCCGCCGACGCCUCCGCCCCAACCGUAGAAGUUUGAGGAUCUGACCACCAUGGCAUCGAGCGACGUCCGUCAGCAGGUGGGGUUCGACUUUUCGAACCGUGCAUCGCCCGCAACCCAGCGCGUGACCAUUGCUGGUACUUCCGCCGCUGGGCCCGCACCAAGCUCGUCCUCGCGCUUGCGUAGCCCUCAGCCCCCGUCUCCGCUGUCACAAAUGGCCGGCGCAAACGGCAGCGACGACACCCUACCCGCCAUGCCAAAGAAGACGGGCAAGAGCGUCAAGAUCAGCGCCGACUUGGACGACGACACGCCAUGCUUCAUCCACUCCCAGCUGGACAAACACGGGUCAUUGUCCGACUGGCUGCGCAAGGGCGAGCACCACUUCUUCGGAGCGCCCCCACCAGCCGGCAGGCCCAAGGCGCGCGAGGUCAACUUUGACGACGGGGCCCAGGCCGCCCCACAGCCGCCAGUGCCGUCGCGUUCACGCCGGGCGCAGAUCAAGCCCCUCACGCCGGCGCAGCCUGUCCCGCGCCAGACAUCGCCGUCGUCGAGCGCGGUCAGCGAGUAUGACUCAGACAAGUCGUCGCGGCUGGACAGCAGCGUCGUGUACGAGGAUGUGCUCGACUCUGACGAGGAUGAGGAGGAAGUGAGCUCGCUCACACGCCAGCUCGCCGCCACGGCGCAGGGCGUGCGCGAGGUCUCCAAGGAGCUGGGGCGCACGACGGUGCGCAGUCGGAUCCAGAGCGUCCUCAUCGUCACAAAGGCCCGCGACAACCGGCUUAUCAAGCUCACGCGCGAGCUGGCCCUGUACCUCAUGGAGCAUGGCAAGCCCAAGGUGCCGUACUCGACUGCCCCGUCGACGGUACCCUCGGCAAACUCGAGCACGACCGACCUGACUCGUCUGGCCCGCAACGGCGAGUCGAGGAACCGAGGCAUGAUCGUCUAUGUCGAUUCGCAGCUGCGCCACUCGAAGCGCUUCGACGCCGCCGGCAUGGAACAAAAGUACCCGCACCUGUUUGAGCCGGUCGCUCGCCGCCGCGGGUCGUCGACAUCGGCGUCGACAUGGAACCUGUCGUCGAUGAGCAACUCGGGAUACUUGUCAUCCACUAGCACAGACACAAACUACAGGCGCAAGGAGGAGGGACAGCUGCGCUACUGGACGUCCGAGAUGUGCUCCAAUUCGCCUCAGCUGUUCGACUUUGUCGUCACCCUUGGUGGCGACGGCACCGUGCUGUUCACCUCAUGGCUAUUCCAAAAGAUCGUGCCCCCUGUCCUGCCCUUCGCAUUGGGAUCGCUCGGCUUCUUGACAAACUUUGACUUUGCAAACUACAAGCCAACGAUGGACAGGGUCAUCAACGAGGGCAUCCGUGUCAACCUUCGCAUGCGCUUCACGUGUGUUGUGUACCGUGCGGUCGAGCAGUUUGAGGACAAGGUGUCCUCAAAGAAUGGCAAGCGGCGAAACAAGGCUGUUCGCCGCCCUGGAGGCGACAUCCUCGUCCAACAGGUGGACAGAGACGGCUGGGAUGCGCUCGAGGACCCUUCGGACAACAGGCUGUGCUCGCAAAAGGGCAAGGACAAGGAGAUCAUGUGUUUCACCACGCGCGCCGUUGAACAGUUUGAGGUGUUGAACGACCUGGUGGUGGACCGAGGACCCAGUCCUUUCGUGUCGCUCCUGGAGGUGUUUGGUGACGACCACCACUUGACAACUGUCCAAGCAGACGGUCUGACCGUGUCAACGCCCACGGGCUCCACCGCCUACUCGCUCUCUGCGGGCGGCUCCCUAGUCCACCCGCAGAUCCCCGCCAUCCUUCUCACGCCAAUCUGCCCUCACACGCUAUCAUUCCGACCGAUGCUUCUGCCCGACAGCAUGGAGCUGCGUAUUUGCGUCCCGUACAACUCGCGCUCUACUGCCUGGGCAAGCUUUGACGGCCGCGGUCGCGUCGAGCUGAAGCAGGGUGACCACAUCAAGAUUACAGCUUCAAAGUACCCGUUCCCAACUGUGUGUGCCGACAAGCAGUCGACCGAUUGGUUCAGAUCAAUCUCGCGCACGCUAAAGUGGAACGAACGCGAGAAGCAAAAGUCGUUUGUCGUUGUCGAAGAGGACCACAGGUCGGGCGCCAAGCCUCUCAGACCACGAGACCAGGGCGCGAGCAGCAGCGACGACCGAAGUCACACCGAGGAAGAGGAGACGGACACUGACGAGGACGAGUUUGACAUUGAUGAUGUGUCUGGCGGUGAGACGCCUCCUCUUCCCACGCAAAAGUCGUCUACUUCGCUUCCGUCUGUCGGUGUCAGCCGUGUGCAGUCACUCAAGGAAUCGACAAGGGACCGUGCCGAGGCUUUGAAGAGUGGCGUUCAAUCUCCCAGCCGGUUUGCGUCAGCUUACGAUGCCCCGCCACCUUUGUCAAAGCGGCACUUGCUUGAGAAACUGGCCAACGUGGAGCGCCAGCUUGCUCAAGCGGAUCUGCAUGACGAGCUGGAUGACCCCAACGAUCAUUUGGGACCACUGCCCGGGACUGAGAGUGACGGCACGUUGAGCGGCCCUGACGCCGUCGACCACAAGUCUCGCCCUCGGACUCGACGGGCCGAUUCCGACUCGUAUGAUGCUGCACGCACCCCGAGACAGGGGAGAUCGCGAUCACGAUCGCGUGUCCGUGCCGCAAGCAAGACGCGCGGCGAGUCACCAAGCCUGCCGCGUCGUCCGUCGGCAUUUGCAUUCUUUGGUAACGACUCGCAGUCCGAGCUGAGCGACCACUCGGAUUAAACCACGCGCGCGCGCUUUUGUCGGGCACCCAAUCACUGUCUAGCGAAAACCCAACCAUAUUGCAUGUGUGCCUAUGUGCCUGCCUGGCUGUGCGCGCAGAGGCGCAGAGUCCUGCCCAAUGUAAUUUACAAUGUGCUGUGGA